AUGGAUCACGAACAGCAACAGCCUUUUCAACCUGGCAUUGGCUUGAACCAGCAAUCAGGACACGACAUGUUGCAGCCAACGAGUGCAUCGCCAAUGACGAGUUUUAUGCCGCAAGAGGAAGCGAUCAACGAAGACAAUGCAUCCGAUCCGAGUGAAGAUCUUGAUAAGCCUGGGAAACGCUCAGCUGGAAGACGCAAGAUCAAGAUUGAAUAUAUCCAAGAAAAGUCCAAACGACACAUCACCUUUUCGAAAAGGAAGGCCGGCUUGAUGAAAAAGGCAUAUGAGUUGAGUACAUUGACUGGUACGCAAGUGUUGCUGCUCGUUGUCUCGGAAACAGGGCUUGUGUACACAUUUACUACUCCCAAAUUGCAGCCGUUGGUUACCAAGCCCGAGGGCAAGAGUCUCAUUCAAUCCUGUCUCAAUGCUCCAGAUCCUCCUUCUGAACAAGAAUAUGGAAUACAAUCACCAAUGAGUAACACGAGCGCGGUAAAUAAUGCCGUGGGUGAUACAUCAUCUCCUCACGGGAACCAUCAGCAACAACCCUUAUAUGAUCAAGGACCUCCAGGUUUAUUAUCUCAGCAACCACCAAGGUCAUCAAACAGUGCUGUAUCAGGUUAUCGAACGAUCCCAUUGGCAAGAUAUCCUCUUAACACUCAUCCUCCACCUCCACCUCCACCACCUUCAUCAUCGACUAUAGCGCCGCCACCACCAUUACCAUCGUACAACAUGCAUCACCAGAACAUGCAUCAGUUGCCCACCACUGCACAGCCACCGUACGACAAUAACGAUCCUUACAACGUUUACUAUGGUACUACUACUGCUGGCUCAGGUCUAUCCAAUCCCUCUCAACAACAUCCACCUUCGUAA